AUGUUCACCUUCCCUUUACCACUCUUUUCUUUCAUGCUAAUCCUCUUCUCCACCGCUACCACCACCACCGCCCAACCAUACAAACCCACCGACUACUUCCUCCUCAACUGCGGUGGUGCAACCACCACUUCCGACCGGAAAUGGGACACUGAUGAACGUUCCAAAUUCUUACCCUCAACCACCUCCUUCACCUCCACCCCGAACAACCCAAACCCCUCCGUCCCCGAAAUCCCGUAUUCCACCGCCCGAAUCUUCAACACUUCAUCAUUCACCUACACUUUUCCGGUGACGAAUGGCCCUAAAUUCCUCCGCCUUUAUUUCUACCCUGCCACCUAUUCCGGCUACCAAGCAAACCAAUCUUUUUUCUCUGUAUCAUCCAACGGUUACACUCUCUUAUCCAACUUCAGCGCUUUCCUAACUGCAUCCUAUCUAGAAACUAAGCUUGUUGGUAGUCCCCCGAUUCCCAACUUUAUCAAAGAAUACCUUAUAUAUGUAAGCGACACCCAAUCGUUAAAUGUCACUUUUACCCCUUCCCCUAACUCCUACGCCUUCAUUAAUGGUAUCGAAAUCGUUUCACUACCCGAGAACUUAUAUUAUAAAUCAAAAAAGAUGAAGUACGUCGGUCAAACUUCUGGACCAAUGAUCAAAGAGGACACGGGUCUCGAGAAUAUUUACCGGUUAAACGUAGGUGGGAGUCAGAUUUCCCCCAAAAAUGAUACCGGAAUGUAUCGAUCGUGGCAUCAAGACGAUAGAUACCUGUUCCCGGUAACAGCUCUCGGGAAAACGCCAGAUUACCAGUCUCCGAUCAUCUACACUGCCGACACACCGAAUUACACUGCACCUGAGCUGGUUUACGCUACCCAAAGGAGCAUGGGUCAGUUGUCUGAACUUUACAAUCUGACGUGGCUACUUGAGGUGGAUUCCGGGUUUUAUUACAUGCUUAGGCUCCAUUUUUGUAGUAUUAUAGAGGGAUACACGAGACUAGGUUCUGCGGCAUUUAAGAUUUUUAUUAAUAAUCAAACGGCUGAAGAGCAUGUUGAUCUGUUUUACUGGACUCAAGGUACCGGGUUUCCUGUGUUUAGGGAUUAUGUCGUAUUUGUGUAUGAUUUUGAUGGUAGCGGAAGAAAACAAGACAUAUGGCUUGCUUUGGCUCCUAAGCUUGAUGCCCGGCCACAAUACAGCGAUGCUUUUUUGAACGGCUUGGAAGUUUUCAAGCUUAGCAUGAAAGGUAAUCUCGCUGGCCCCAACCCGGAGCUCCGCCCUACACCACCACCUCCAUCACCACCAUCGCCUUCCCGAGAAAAGAGAACUCUGCCAUACGCCGCCAUAAUUGGCGGCAUUUGCGGAGCGUUAGUACUCAUGUUGUUAGUUUUAGGUUUUAUUUUGUUCCGGCGAGUGAAACGCUCCGGCGACAUGUCAUCCGAUCAGCAAAAAUCAAAAGAUUCCGGCCUUCCGUCAGGUAGGUGUCGCCGUUUUACAAUUCAGGAAGUGAAAGAUGCCACCAGAGAAUUUGAUGAAACUCGUGUAAUCGGAAGGGGAGGGUUUGGUAUGGUGUACAUAGGGUACAUCGACAAUGAUAAAACAGCUGUCGCUAUCAAACGACUAAACGCCUUAUCCCAACAAGGUUUUCACGAAUUCCAAACGGAAAUCGGAUUGCUUUCAAAAUUACGCCAUGUCCAACUUGUGUCCUUAAUCGGAUACUGCGAUGAGGAGGGUGAAAUGGUACUUGUGUAUGAUUACAUGUCAAACGGGACAUUACAAGAUCAUUUAUACAAAGGAAAAAACCCAAAUUUACCAUGGAAACAACGUUUAGAAAUUUGCAUCGGUGCAGCGAAAGGGUUGCAUUAUCUACACACAGGUGCAAAUCGCGCCAUUAUUCAUCGCGAUGUGAAAUCAACUAAUAUUUUGCUCGAUGAAAAUUUUGUGGCGAAAGUGGCGGAUUUUGGUUUGUCGAAGUUAGGGCCAAAAGAGAAAGGGGUGGAUUAUGUUAACACAGCAGUGAAAGGGACACUUGGGUAUAUGGAUCCUGAAUAUUACAAAUAUCAACAACUUACAGAGAAAUCUGACGUGUAUUCGUUUGGGGCUGUAUUGUUAGAGGUGUUGUGUUCGAGGCCAGUGAUCAUAACCCGAGGGGUUCCCGAUGAAGAGAUGAAUUUGGCUGAAUGGGGGAGGAAAAAUUAUGGAAAGGGGACGUUGCAUGAGAUAGUUGAUAAGAGAAUAAGAGAUGAGAUUGCUCCUAAUUGUUUGAUGAAGUUUGGUGAGGUCGCAAAUAGUUGUUUGAGAAUGAAAGGGAGCAAACGUCCGAAGAUGGAUGAAGUUGUUUGGAGGUUGGAGUUUGCGUUGCAGUUACAAGAGGCGGCUGAGAAGAUAGAUGGCGAGGUGUCAGGUGACAUGAAAGGUGGUAGUGGCAUGUCGGGAAAUCAAGAAUUUAUGUUUCCGGUGAAAGAAGAGGAUGUGAGUGUAGUUGAGGAGUAUGAGUAUAAUUAUGACUUAGAAGGGACGUCGACUGGAGUGGGAAUACAACAUGAAUUGACAUCGACUGAUGGCAGCAGCCAUGAAGUGUUUGUGUCAGAAAAGGUUUUACCCAGAUGA